GCCAAAAAAGUGGCCACGUUGCGCGCCAUUGAAGUCCGAACUCAAAAUCCAGUUGUGGAGCUCUCUGUUUGGCUGCCAAGAAAAUUGGAUCAUUCUCGAAGAAUCUCACUCGCUACACGCUCCGUAAUCAUCAACUUCUUCCACAUCUCGUCUGUAUAUUAAUUUCAUUAUUGUGUUCUUGAAAACCGAGGAUGAUCCGUUACUGUUCAUAAAAAAUGCCGGGAGAUUCAGAAAUCGAAGCGGAUGAAUCGAUGGAAGCCUGCUGCAAGGGGGCCUGCGAUUUCAAAACGACGAAGCGUCUCGCGGAUGAUAUCAUGCCGUACAUCCUCAAUCUGUAUAGAUCUUCCGCUACGCCUCGGGAUUUCGAAAUCUACGCUCCUAAUGCUUCUUUUGAGGAUCCACUCACGAGUGCUCACGGAGUGAAGGAAAUCAAAUCGGCGUUUUAUUCUCUGUCCAAGGUCUUUAGUGAAUCAAGAAUUGUGGAAUACAAUGUCAAAGAAAAACUCAUUUCACCUGGAAAGCACGAGAUUAUAGUUGACAAUAAGCAAUACUACAAGUUCUUGGGGAGAGACAUAGAUUUGGAAUCACUUAUCAAGUUAUAUGUUGUUGAAGGAAAAGUUGUGCGUCAUGAGGACUGGUGGAACAAGAAGCCACUUUUGAAUAGGGAAACUGUCAAGUUUCCAAUGGUUGGUCGAGUUUUGGAAAUGACUCGCAGAUGUGCGAUGUUAGCAACUCAUGCAAUGAUGGGAUUUGGAAAAGAUUAAACCUUGCCAAACCAUCCAGCAGACUGAACAAAAAGUAAUCUCUCUUUUCCUAUAUCUAGUUAUAUUGUGUAUCACCUGGAUGAAAAUAAGAUAUAAAGGUAGUACAACUUAACUACAACAGACUCUAGAUCGUUUGCUUAGGUAUUGUGAAUUUGUAAUGCAAUCAUAUCACAUAUGAAUUGGGUGCAUAUAAUUUUAGACUUUUAAGGUUUUGUUUGUAUAUACAACAUAACGAGUGCUUUAAGGCAUCCUCAAGAUAUGAUUUCGGAGGUGCUAUACAAUUACCACCUAUCUUUAUUCAAUGUAUACAAAAUAGAAAAUACUCCUUCUU